AUGCGAGUGACCUUUGAGAAUGUAGCAUUCUCUGGGAAAGAAAUACUCGAAAGGAAUCCUGUGGUUAACAGCAGUGGGUCUGAAAACCUUACUGGCUACUGUAAAGUACCAGAGAAGGCGCUGUACAUCACCAAAGAGGCUGAACUGUUCCUGACUGGCUCUCUGAUGACCACAGUCAUCCCCAGCAUCUAUGUCCUGGUGUUCAUCACCAGCGUCCCUCUCAACGCCGCCGCCAUCUUUAUGUUCUCGUUCAGAGUCCAACCCAAAAAGCCGGCAGCCAUCUACAUGCUCAAUCUGGCCACGGCCGACCUACUGUUUGUGCUGCUGCUCCCCUUCAAGGCGUCAUACCACUUCAACGGCAAUGACUGGGUGUAUGGACCGGCCAUGUGCCGCGUGGUCACCUUCGCCUUCUACUGCAACAUGUAUGGCUCAGUCCUCCUGAUGAUGAGCAUCAGCGUGGAUCGCUUCCUGGGUGUGGUCUACCCCAUCAGAUCGCUGGCCUGGCGCUGCCAGCGGAAUGCGGUGGCCGUGUGCUGUGCCAUGUGGCUGCUGGCUGUUGCCGGGGUGAUGCCCAUCCUCCUGUCAGAGCAGACCAUGUGCCUGCCCGAACUGGGCAUCACCACCUGCCAUGAUGUGCUGGACGUCAGGCAGCUCCGGGGCUACUACCUCUACUUCUUCCCUGCCUUUUCCUGUGUGUUCUUCUUCAUCCCCCUCAUCGUCACCACCGCCUGCUACGUGAGCAUCAUCCGGGUCCUGCUUCGCGCCAGUGAGUCAAAACGCUCUAUGAAGAUCCAGGCCAUAGUCAUGGCGGUCAUGGUGCUGACGGUCUUUGUGGUCUGCUUCACCCCAUCCAACGUUCUCCUGCUGGCUCAUUACAUACAGUUUUCCCACGAGCACAGUGACAGCUCCUAUGCUGCUUACCUGGUCUCCGUGUGCAUUGGGAGUGUGAACUGCUGCCUGGAUCCAAUCAUCUACUACUUCGGCUCGUCUCAGUGCCGGGAGCAGGUGGCCCGGCUCCUCUGCCGUCAAGCCCCUCCAGGGAGUUCAUCGCAGAAAACUACAGAGACCAGCCAGUCGGCGACCUUCCAGGGCAGCCAGGAGAAACACUGCAAGCCAAUGGCCUGA